GUUCUGACGCAGCUCAGUGGCUUGCCUGUCAGGGAAAAAGACUCGCGGCUGUUCACCCGGAUUAUAUAUCUCCGCAACAGAAAGUUAACUUCUGAAAAAGAAAUAAAAGGCUGAUGAAUUCCUGAAGCCAGUAUUUAACAUGGAUGGUGCACCUUAGCCAGUGUAAACCAGUUUCCUUGUGUAUUACUUGACACCACUUUCACACCAGAUGACAGGAGAUGAGACACUGCAACCCUAGAUCACAUCAUGAGUAUCCAGAGUCUUGGAGGAGCUAUAGGGGAGUCCUUGGGCUCUAGCCUGUCGGUACGUAUGAGUGGAGCAGGUGGUGGGUGGAGUACUCUGUCCGUGAAACCUAUUUCCUCCGGACGGAUCGCCUCUCUCUUCCAGACCAUGGUACCUACUGGUUAUACCAAGCUGCAGGAGGAGCGGCUAGCCAUGGUGGACCUUGGAGCUAAGCCUGAGGCCAGCUUGCUCCAGAACAGCUACAGACAAGAGACAUCUCACGUAGAAAGCAGACGGCACCUGGACCGGGCCUCCCGGUCCUCUGUAACCUUAUCUGACUGUGGAGAUGGAGGUUACUCUGAAACAGAGCCGAUGCUUGCUGAGAGGAGACUCUCUGGAGAGGACGCAGAUGAGGAGGAAGAUGAGGAGGAAGGGCAGGGAUCUACUGUGCAGAAUAUGCCCAAGGAGUCACCACUGGCUAUGGCACUGCAGAUUCUAGUGCCUUUCCUUCUAGCUGGAUUUGGAACUGUAUCAGCUGGAAUGGUGCUGGAUAUUGUGCAGCACUGGGAGGCGUUCCAGUAUAUCACAGAGAUCUUCAUCUUGGUUCCUGCUCUUCUCGGCCUCAAGGGAAACCUGGAGAUGACUCUGGCCUCCAGGCUGUCCACAGCUGUGAAUGUUGGCAAGAUGGAUUCUCCAAUAGAGAAGUGGAAUCUAAUCAUAGGCAACCUGGCACUCAAGCAGGUUCAGGCCACUGUGGUGGGUUUCCUAGCGGCCAUAGCAGCUGUGGUUCUUGGUUGGAUUCCAGAGGGAAAGUUCCAGAUGAGUCAUGCUGUACUGCUUUGCUCCAGCAGCGUGGCCACGGCCUUCAUAGCCUCCCUGCUGCAGGGUAUCAUCAUGGUGGGUGUCAUUGUGGGUUCAAAGAAGACUGGCAUCAACCCAGACAAUGUAGCCACACCCAUUGCUGCCAGUUUUGGUGACCUCAUAACCUUAGCGAUCCUCGCCUGGAUAAGUCAGGGCCUAUACAAGUGCCUGGAUUCCUACCCGUAUGUGUCGUCAAUGGUUUGUGCCUUCUUCAUGUGUCUGACUCCUCUGUGGAUUGUCAUCUCCUCCAAGCACCCAGCCAGCCGCACCCUGCUCUAUUCCGGAUGGGAGCCAGUCAUCACUGCCAUGGUCAUCAGCAGUAUUGGAGGGCUCAUCCUGGACAAAACAGUGUCUGACCCAAAUCUGGCUGGCAUCGUAGUGUACACCCCAGUUAUCAACGGUAUCGGGGGCAACCUGGUGGCUAUCCAGUCCAGCAGGAUCUCCACUUACCUGCAUUUCCACUGUGCUGCCGGGGAGGUUCCUGACGAGGCCAAGGGCUGUUACUACCCCUGCCGCACAUUCUGUGGUACAGGAGCCAAUAACAGGUCUGCUCAGGUGCUCCUCCUUUUGGUGAUUCCUGGUCACCUAAUCUUCCUCUACACCAUCCACCUGAUGAAGAGCGGCCACACUACCCUGACACCCAUCUUUAUGUCUGUCUACCUGGCUGCUGCUAUGCUGCAGGUGUUGCUGUUGUUGUGUAUUGCAGACUGGAUGGUGCACUCAAUGUGGCAGAGCGGCAAAGACCCAGACAGUUUUUCCAUCCCUUACCUGACUGCUCUCGGUGACCUGUUGGGCACCGCCCUGCUGGCUCUCAGCUUCCACUUCCUGUGGCUCAUAGGAGACCAGGACAGCGACGUGGGUGACUGAGGCAAUGGCAGCGUGAUGGGAACCCUGUUGUCUGCCAGCCGACUUCUCAUGCCUUUAAGCCUUGUGGGAAUGUGGGUGCCUUUUGUCACUGGUCAGCACAUUCCUCUGCUACUGGAGGAAACUUCACUUAAACCAAAUGAUGGUUUACAAACAAUUUUCUGCUCCUGGCUUUUUUCUAAACACAAAAUACAUUAUAUUUCAUAAAUAUAGACUUUUCUCAGUAGUGAUUCUGUUCUUUGUCAUUUGCACCAAAGCACUUGCAUAUUAUAUUGCUGGUUUUGUUAAGAGGAGCAGGUAAACACAAGCCACCACCCACAAUGCUGAGGAAACCCGGCUUCUGUUGGCAAAGUGUUUAUUCUCCCACUGAGCAUCAGUCAGAGGUCUUCACCUAAAAAAUCUCUUUGCUGGAAUAUAUUUUGGAGAUUUACCACCCACCGUGUCACAUUUGUUUGUGUAUUACUGCUUUGCAUCAUUUAGUCAGUGGAGGGACACAGAGACAGGCCAAGAGAAGUGAAGCCUGUUGUUGUUUUGUUUCAGAUUAACUCUUGAACACAUUUUGAUGUAUAUUUUUUUCCCUCUUUUCUAACUUGCCUCCUGUUUUUUCAACCUUUUUGGCUCUACCAGCAGGUAAAUGAAGUCCAAUCUCGAGGAGCAGCACUGUACCUAUGUUUAUUCUGAAUUAAUAGAAGUCGGAUGAUUUCAUUCCAACAUUCAAUCUAGUGAAUGAUGUUUACAUUGGAACGGGCACAAAAUAAAAUAAUUUUCAAGAUAAAUAAAUUGAUAAUGUUAAAGGAAAAUUUCAAGUUUAAAAGUGUCUUUGCAGCCUGACAGACAACAUUGCAAGGUACCAGGUCACAGCCAGUUGUUGAGAAUUUGCUAAACCCCUGCCCGGAACAAUCACUGUUCAGGGGAGGGGAAGCAUAGCGCAUGCGGUUUAAACGUUGUGCGUGGGGCUGUAAAAAGAGCCUUACUUGCUAUCUAAAGAACUUCGAGGGUGGAGUCUCUUCUCCCCCCUUUCCAAACCCAAAAACACAAGAGCCAAAGCAAUGGAUUUAACAGUGGCUUUAUCUGCUGUAACGUAAGCUGCAAACAUUAGAUGUCCAGCCAACUAGCUCAUCACCUACAGUGGUAAUUGAAUUGUUACUUCCAUGGCCAAUGGGCAUCAUAAACUGACUGCAUUAGUCUGUGGGGCUACAGGUGAUGUUUAAAAAAAGCCCUGUUGCACAUCCACUUUGUAACAUUAUCACUCUGUGUGGAAGCCGGUCGGGGAAGAAUUCAUUUGAAAAAGUUUACAUUCCAGCAACCCCAGCCACUAUCAGAGAUAAUGUUACGUUUAACAAACAUUGUCCACUAAUCUGAAGAUCCCUUUCUCUUGUAAUGUGAAAAGUGAAAACAUACAAACUACAAUGGCACUCAGUAGGCCGCAAACCCCCGCCAAGGCCAAAUAUUGAUGAAAAUUUUGAAAAAUUUGAAUUCCUAUUUGGAAUGUUAAGGAAAAUGAGAAAAAAACCUGGUUCCACCCAUUUAACUGGAUCCACACCAAAAGCUAAUGUGUUCUUCCCUGGCCCAUGACCCAUCCCUCCACCGAUUUGAUGCAAAAUCGGUUCAGUACUUUUUGUGAAAUCCUGCUGAAAAACAAACAAACCAACCAAAAAACAAACACUGGUGAAAGCAUAACCUCUUGAUGGAGAUAACAAGUACAUAGUAUAAACAGGGAUAUAAUGAAUGACAUUUUCCCUUAUCAUACAGAUAACACGUGGACUAACUAGCUCUUCACUGUAAUACAAGAACAAUGCUGUUUCUACAUGGAUCAUCAUCUGUUGAUGACACUGUUUGCCUGGGAUGUACAGCUUUAGUCUCACUUUUACAGCACAGUAUUAUCUUUGUAGCCAUCAAGUGCACCAUCAGUGACUAAGGGGAUCAGGGCUUAUUGCAUGGUCAAGUAUUGCUUUGGAUCAACCAAUUAGCAGAGACGUUUAUGUGUAAAUUCACAGACAUUCAUCUUUUCAGCCUCGGCUUCCUGUUAUAUUUUGUUAAUUUUAAAAUAAUCCUCUGACACUCAUGUAAAACAAAGCCUGAAAUCCUUUGAAUAUUAUGUCAGCCUCACAUGUUCCCUUUCAUUAAUUCAUCCAUCUCCUCUGACUGUUGGUUCUGUCUGUUAUCCUCAGUUGGGGACCAGCGGGGGUUUGCAUACCAAUCACAUGCUCUUUACAUGUAUGUGUAGUUUUUGCAUGCAUGCACACAAUUAAUUAGCAGUUGUCAUGUCAGUACAGUCUAAUUUUCUAAUCAUAUCAGACUGAUAUUAUAAUGAGUGUAAACAUAACCUGAUUAAACACCAGAUUUCUGACUUUUUUCACAGUAUGUUGUGUUUAAAAGGUCAGAGAAAAUUGUUCUGGAUGAAGCAGCCUGAUUGUUAAGUCAAUUCCUAUAUCUCCGGGAGUAAUCUUACUUAAAAAUAAACUCAAACCACCUUCUUAUUCUGAUUAUUCUACAGCCUAUUAAGAGCAUAUGAACGUGGCCAGUGGCUCUCUUCAACUCCAUUAUGUGCCUCUUGAGAUUCGCUGUUUGACAAGGUAUUGCUCUCAGUCAUGCCAUUAAUACAAUUUUUUUUUUCUACAAUAUUGUAAUGCAGUGCAACGACUUGAUGAUCUUUUGUAUUCACUUUCAGUUGUACGACAGUGACUAUUCUAUUUUUGAAGGGUUUCAUUCCGUUUUAUUUACUGGCAUGGAACUACUUAUAGAUAUCAUCAAAGUUAUCAGAUUCUUGGGGCAACAUGCAUUUGUUCUAAGUGGAUAUCUCUUCUUUGUUUGCUUUUGUGGCUCAUUUGGGCCCAUAAU